AUGUCGGGUAUAGGCACAGGGUACGAUCUAUCAGCGACUACCUAUUCACCGGACGGCAAGGUGUUUCAAACGGACUAUGCGCAGAAGGCGGUAGACAACAGCAGGGUGACGUCAGUGGGGGCGCAGCGCAGCCGGGAGGCUGUGGAGAAGCUGGUCGUGUCAAAGCUGCUGGUGGAGCGGUCCAGCCGCAGGAUACACAACAUAGACCGCCACGCGGGCAUUUGCAUGGCGGGGCUGCUGCCGGACGGGCGGAUGGUGGUCAACCGGGCGGCAGACGAGGCGACAAACUACAAGUCGUUCUACGGGGAGCCCAUCCCUGGGCGCGUGCUGUGCGAGCGGCUGGCCAGCUACAUGCACCUCUUCAACCUGUACUGGUCCAUGAGGCCGUACGGGGCGGCGGGCCUGCUGGCCACGUACGACGACGAUGGCCCCGCGCUGUACCUGGUCGAGCCCUCGGGGGUGGCGCACGGCUACUUUGGCACGGCGGUGGGCAAGGCGCGCCAGGCCGUGAAGAACGAGCUGGAGAAGAUGAAGCUCGGCCAGAUCACAUGCCGCGAGGCAGUGGUGGAGGCCGCAAAGAUCCUGCACAAGGUCCAUGAGGAGGACGGCAAGCCAUUCGAGAUCGAGAUCAGCUGGGUCUGCGACGAGAGCGGCCGCGUGCACCAAAAGGUGCCUGCAGAGGUGUUGGCGGAGGCGGAGGCGGCGGCGAAGGCGGCCCUGGAGGAGUCUGACAUGGAGGACUGA